CAUCAAUGAACAAAGUCGCAAUCCUACUACUGCUUUCUCAUUCAUGCCUUGUUGCUUUAGUCCAUAGUUAUGGAGGAAUUGGAUUUGACCCUCUCGUGAAAAUUUUAGUAAAACAAUCUUCGAAACAGCAGGAAGUCAAUUAUGUUACUGAGAGCACGGCCACAGAGUAUUCACCGGUGUAUGUAGGCCCUCAAGAUGGACUGAAAGCUGCAGACAAGAUUUUAUCUUUGCCGGGGCAGCCUAAUGGAAUUAACUUUGAUCAGUACUCUGGCUAUGUUAGGGUUGAUCCCAACGCUGGCAGAGCACUCUUUUACUAUUUUGCCGAGUCUCAGAACUCUUCUAGCAAGCCUCUUGUGCUGUGGUUAAAUGGAGGACCUGGCUGCUCUUCGUUUGGCAAUGGAGCAAUGAUGGAGCUCGGACCAUUUCGAGUCAACAGCGAUGGAUUAACUCUAUCAGAAAACAAAUAUGCAUGGAACAAUGCGGCGAAUAUACUUUUCCUUGAGUCACCGGCUGGUGUGGGAUUUUCUUACUCAAAUACUACAUCAGAUUAUGACAAAAGUGGAGAUGCUAGAACUGCAGCUGAUUCCUAUACCUUUCUAGUCAACUGGUUGGAAAGGUUUCCAAAGUACAAAACCAGAGACUUCUUCAUAACCGGAGAGAGCUAUGCCGGGCAUUAUGUGCCCCAACUUGCUCAAUUAACACUACUACAAAAAUAGUUAAAGAUCACACUUUGACAAAAAAAAAGAUAUCACUUUUAUUA